AUUACCAUAAAAAUAAAUUACUUAACAAUAAAUAGCAAGUGAAAUAAAAAGAGGUUUUAUUAGGUUUUUUUAAAAGUACUUUCGAGCAGACGAUGAGCUUUGCUCUUAGAUUGGGAUCUUCAAUCGGGUGUUUUCACCGUACGAUCUUAGGUCGUGACAUAAUUCAAAGGAAAAGUCAUGUGGUAUCUUACCGCAAUGGCCCCCCUCCCCAUUCAAAGGCAACUAAAAUUGGUGCUUUAACUGUUGGAGGAGCUAUGUGGUGGUGGGUAAUCUGGCACUUAUGGCAUGAACCUGACCAUAUAACGGGGGAAUUUGAUUAUCCUAACUCAAGGAAAUGGAGCAACACAGAGUUGGGUGUUCCAAAGGAUGGAUUUUAAACAUUAUAUGUCCAAGCUUACUCCAUAAAUAUUGAUUAAAAUGCGAUAUGUAGGCAUGUAGUUACAUUAUUCUGCUUUGACUUAUUUGUUACAUAAUACUCGGUCCACAUUGAGUUUUUUUUACCCAAUCAACAUGUACAUAUGUACAAAUUAACCAGUUUCCUGGUGUUAUGUUUAUAGUAUUUAGCGUCGAUUUCCGGACGCCGGUGGCUUCACAAAUACACGACGGAGUAACUUUUGAAAAACUUUAUUGAGCAGUGCAAGUGCUGCUGUACGAAUAUAUAUAUAUAUAUAUAUAUAUAUAUAUAUAUAUAUAUAUAUAUAAAUAUACGAAUACAAGAAUGCAAAUUAAGAGCUAAAAUGAAAAC